UGCGGUGUGGUCUUUUGUAUGGUGUGGUUGUGUGAAGUGUAAUAGUGAUGGUUAUAAUAACUAUGGCUGUGCGCAAGAUAGUGACGCAUUCAUUGAAGACGUGCAGACACUUAGGAUAUGCAUUGUUACGGCGCAUCAAGGCGUAUCUUCGCAUUUCAAGGCAUUUUGUCAAAAGAUUGCAGCACCUCACUGCAUCGCUGCAAACUUUACUAGCACCAGUUUCAUCGCAUCAGAGUGCAGGCACGUCAUCAGCCAACGGCACCAGCACAUCAUCCAUAGGCAUUGACGCGGAGCCCUGGUGUACCUUGGCCUAUUGGGAACUGAACGAGCGGGUCGGGCCCCUCUACCCGGUGAACAGGCCAUGGCUGCACGUGUCCUAUGACGAAGCAUCACCUCCACACUCCUGCAAGGAAGAGACGCUGAGCAUUGGGUCCCUGGCCAAGACCCGCACGACCCCAUGCAAGGAAGCAGUCGCUCGCACGAGGGCCAAGAUAGGCCUCGGUGUGACGCUGCUCAGAGAGCGAGAUGGGGUCUGGGUCUACAACCAGUCGGAACAUGCCGUCUUCGUCAACUCUCCCACUCUAGACGGUCCAAACGUGCGGAACCUGACCGUUUUCAAGGUUGCACCAGGCUACUCCUUGCGCGUCUUCGACUGGGAGCGGGCGGCGCUGUACCGCCACCACUACCAGAGACACCCUCCAAACGAGCCGUUUGACACAGACUCGGUGCACAUCUCGUUUGUCAAGGGAUGGGGCAACAAUUACUCGAGACGGAUCGUCACAUCGUGCCCCUGCUCUCUGGAACUCCUUUUCCGUGUGCCAGCGAGGUGAUGAACUUCUUCCCAGAAGCUCAGUGACCCAUCUCACUUUAACCGUCCAGGCUAGUCUACAAGAGGAGCUCGACGAAGCACAGCCGCAAACAACCUCGGCUGUCCGUCGAGUAAGUCGCCCUGCCGGUGAACUUGCUGGGAAGAGCGAGGCCUGCACCAAAGGAACUUAAGGCUCUCGUGUGCGCGCUCGUGUGCACACGUGAAAUGAGUUGGCAGCACCUGAGAUGAAAGGGCAUGUAUUGCUCACGUGCAAAGUGAGUAAGGACAGAGAUGCUUCUGCUGCUAUGUUCCAAGUGUCUUCUCUCUCUCUCUCUCUCUGUUUUUUUUUUUUCUUUUUCUUUUUUUUUCACAUCAGUGGAUGGUUUAUUUUCGUGUUUUGUAAAUUGGAGCUGCUCAAAAUGGAAAGGCAGCAUGUAGAAUUGUGUUGUAAAGUUUUAUAUAUAAUUCUAGGUUUUGAGUUCUUUUUUUGGAAUAUAUUAAUUUAUUAUGUCUGAGGUGCAGCCUGUACGUUUAUUUUAUUUUAUUUUUUUGUAACGUGUGAAAAUAACUAAAGCGAGCAGUGUUGUCACAUAUUGCUUUCACACUACGUCACUUUUUUUUUUCCUUUUUACGAGACAUACUUUUCCUUCAAAAGUACAAAUUGUUUGUUGAAAGUGCUGUCUGCUAGUGAGAAUGUGCUUCAAUCAAGUGUUCUUGUUUUCACAUAUACACACUCGUAAAUUGCCUUUGAAAUGUGCAUCUCUCUGUGUUUAAUUUUAUGGGAGUCUUUGUUUUUUGUUUUUUUGCUCUACAUUAAUUUGGUUAUUACUAGGGUUAGAAAUGAAAAUCGUUCAAAUAAGGUGCUAGGUCUUAGUAAUGUUCAAGGGAGAAAUCUCAGCAGAUCCUGUACUUUCUCAACUAAACAAGUUGGACAGGGAAAAAAGUUCCAACGAAAACACAACCUUCUUGAACAACUCAGGGGUGCCUGUGGCAGUGGAGACAAAAAAUUGUGAUUUUAAUCUUUUUUUUGUUUUGUCUUCCGAACUGCUGAGAUACUUUGUAAGCACAUUGUCCAAAUGUGUUCAGUGCUUUCUUGGCUAUCGCAGCUUAAUUUGUACUUUUCAUAUACAGAGUGCAAGUAGGUUCAUGUGUUUCAUUGCUGCACUUCUCUAUGUUUGCACAUGAGAUAAUAUUUGCAUUAUCAUCACAGCUAUCUAUACGAAGCAGUAAUGUGCUGAACAAUGCCUAUAGCAUCCCUAACAUGAGACAACUGGCCUUAAUAGAAGCAGCAGGUAAUGGAGUAUUAACACCGACAGUGUUUAGCUGUCUACUGCAGGAUGAAUAAUUCAAAUUUGAAGAACGACGGUGGUUUUCAAGUUUUGGUUUAAAAGCAGCUAGAAAACAGUGGUGGGCAGUAAACAGUAGGAAAUACAUUUCAUUGAGAUUUCAUUUGCAACAGGGCACCUUUACAUAGCCAGCAUCAUGACAUUGGCAGUUCUCUAGCGCUUUGACAGUUCACAUUUGACAUUAUGCUGCAUGGUCUAAAUAUAGCAUUUAAGGCGUAAUCAUGGGAGUCAAGUAACUACAGCUUUUUCCGCCAUUAUUAAUCCUCUUGUCGUACAUUUUAAUCCUUAUACCAUGACAUUUAAUCCUUUUGCCAUCCGAAUUAAUCAUGCUUUCAUUAAUUUUAAUCCCCAUUUCACAUAAUUUAAUCCACGUGACUAUGUGUGGGCUACGUGACUUUUUUUGUAUUUUGGGACAAUUCCCAUGUCUAUGGGUAUUGCACAUGUUUUUCAUUAUUAAUGUGGGUUUCUGCACCAUAAUGGGAUACUGGAGACCGCCAAUCUGGAUUAUGGUAUUGUGGGACUAUUCCCAUGUCUACGAGUUUCACCCAUGGUUUUCAUUAUAAACGCCGGUCUCUGCACUUCAAUGGGUACUCCGGGACUGCCAAUCUGGAAUAUGAUAUUGUGGGACUAUUACCACGUGUGUGGGUAUUACCCAUGCUUUUCAUUAAAGAUGCGGGUUUCUGCACAGUAAUGAGAUACUGUGGGACUGCCAAUUGCAAUUGCAAUAUUGUGGUACUAUUCCCAUGUCAAUGGGUACUACCCAUGCUUCUCAUUAAAAACGUGGGUUUCUGUACUCUAAUGGACCCAGGAUAUCAUAGUCAAGAUCGACAGUACCACAGUAUCCCAUUACAGUGCAGAAACCCGCAUGCCUAAUGAAAAGCAUGGGUAAUACCCGCACACAUGGAAAUAGUCCCACAAUAUCAUAAUCCAGAUUGGCAGUCCCGGAGUACCCAUUGCAGUGCAGAGACCCGCGUUUGUAAUGAAAACCAUGGGUAAAACUUGUAGACAUGGGAAUAGUCCCACAAUACCAUAAUCCAGAUUGACGGUCUCACAGUAUCCCAUUAUGGUGCACAAACC